AUGGGGAAGUUAAGUUUGACCAACCUGCUCAUGUUCCUCAUUGAAAUGACUGAAGAGGAGAGCAAUGGAUAUUGUCUAUCUGGACUUCAAUAUAAAGAGUUCAGGGAAUUCCUUCACUGCUGCAAGCUCCCCUGGGAAGCAGAAUGGGAGCAUGAAGGAACUGCACUACCUGUACUGCCAGAAUAUAAGGUGAAGGAUAAGUCUCCCUAUACAUUUGUUAAAGCACAUCAACCUUAUUAUAGUGGUGUAGACCCUUGGCCAAAGACACAUAUGUGUGUGAAUGAUGAACUGCUUCAUAAACCACCAGACAGUUCAGCAAAACCACUGUGCCUGCCAUUUCCCAUCACUUACCCCUACCAGAUACACAUAUCUAAGUACAUCAUGUCCCCAAACUUCAGAUCACCUGAGGAUCUAGACACCAGGGCUGAUGCAAGCAGUCAUCAGCUUUUCCAUCCCAAUAUCGCUACCAACAGUUUUGAUGUGGUUGUUCUAAGGAAAAUGAAAGGUAAUCCAUGUAGGCAUGAAGUUGCACAUAUUCCCUCUGAUUCCAAGAAAGCGGCUGUGUACUGGCCGGGACAGCAUAUAUACUUCCAACAGUUGGCAGAACUAGGUGAAGAGAUGGAACUAAAAGAGAUAUUUCUACCUCAUCUCUCACAAGUAAGAUCUCCUGAAGGGCAGACUGCAUUUUUACUUCCAGGCCAACCCCAUGAAUCAAUUCUGCAAGAACAGUACUCCUCCAAAGUCCAGAUGCCUCCACUUUUAUUCAGGCUUCCUACUGUCAUAGCCAGCUACACAGGCACAAUGCCAAGUAAAAUACAAAGAGUGGUUAGUCUAGGUCAGGACCAUAAAGUGAUAGAAAGCACAGACCAGAAACGGGAUGUGAGCCAAGGGCAGGCCACUCUGUCUCAGACACACUACCAGAAAUUUCACUGUCUGCACACAAGGACAUCAAUAAACAAACUUCAAAAAUUCACUGACAUAUUGCAAACAGAAGCACUGUACAGGAGGCAGCUUUCAGGAAGGCUUGAACUUUAAUCCCUUCCAAAAUCUGCAUGUUCCUGCUCCUACAAAGAUUUUAAGCCCAGACUAGAUCAACAUACAAUAUGGGAAACCCAGACAGUCCAAAAGAAAGAUGUAAAGAGUGAGGAAAGUAGAAUUUUGUUGCACAAGCUUUGGCAUCAAGAAGCAUAUCAGCCUGCAUGGAAACCAGAAGACAAAUCAAGAGAAACAGCACUAGUUGAACGGAUCCCUAGCUGUGAGGUUCCUCAGCACCAGACAGCACUGCUGGAGCUUGAGCAUUCCUUCUCUAAGACAGCAACACAAACACAUUUUCAUGAUUCUGUAAGAGAAGAGAAAAAAGACCUCAGAGAUAACAUUACUGUGAGAAAGAUACACAAAUUCUAUGGUUUCAGCGUUCUUAUUUCUUUAAUUGAUACAUCCCUUGGCCCUUUAAAAACAGAGUAA